AUGGAGGCUCUGCUCAUGGAAAGAGAUCUGUGGCACAUGAUCAAAGAAGAUCAAUAUGAGGAAAAAUCUGAGGGGAAGUUGAAGGAGGAUGAGGUAAAGGAACCCACAUCUAUUGAAUUGAAGAAAUGGAAUAUUCGCGAUCGAAGGGUGCGAGACCUGGUCUGGCUAUGUCUUGCUGAUAACAUCCUAAUAAACGUGACUUCUUACAAGACGGCGAAAGAUCUCUGGACAAAGCUGGAAAAUCUUUAUCAAAGCAAGUUGUUUGUGAACAAACUAUUUCUAUGGAAGCGACUAUACAAUCUUCGGAUGAGCAAAGUGCGAAUAGGAGAUGAUAUGAUACUUCAUAUGGUUGGUCGUGGAAAGGUGAAACUAAAGAUGAAAGAUGGGACAAUCAAGAAUCUUCUGGAUGUGAUGCACAUUCCUGGUCUUACUAGGAAUCUUCUUUAUGUGGGAACUAUGAUGAUUGAGUUAGAUGUUGGUUUAAAGGAAGAGGAGAAGGUUGCACAAGUUCGAUUAGAAAAUUUAGAAUCUGAAGUUGAUGAGCCAGAUAGGAUGGAUGAUAUAGUAGAUUCUGAAAUUGAAUUUGAUGAUGAAGCACCACUUGAAUCGGUCUUAAAAAGGUGA